UAAUGUUUUCCAGGACACAUUGAUGGUCUUACAUCAAAACUUAUUAUGCUAGAAAAGAUUUCUCCAAAAAUAUUCAGAGAAAAACUUGGAUUGAUUAAGCCAGCAAAUUCAUUGAAUAUACUUCAUCACAUUUUGAAGAAAGUGUCUGAUUUGCAGGAGGGCUCUUAUCUAUUGACUCAUGCUGCAGGAGAUUCGUCAGUUACAAUCUACAAGAGUUCCCUUGACAAGCCAACAAGAGCUUCAUAUGACUUACAUAAGGCUCACUGUGAUCUGCCUACAGUACCUGCCAUGCUCUCAGUCCCUUGGGUGCCACUGGAUCCCAGUCUCCCUUUGCCCUAUCACAUGAAACAUGGGAGAGUCCCAUGCACCUUUCCGCCUGCACCCCAAGAAGCCAUGGGGAAACAGAAGAUGACUGGGGUGAAAGGGCAGUCAGACACACCCUAUGAGGGAGAGCCAGUAACUAUGGAAACAAAAGGCAAUCCAGCUAAGUCUGUUAGAAAUGAAGGUGUGGCUGCAAAGAAACUGAAGAAUUACUGCAAACAAAGAAUGAUGAAGAAAAAGUGGAAAAUGAAGCAAAACAGAACACAGGUGAAGUAGGAAUAUCUGAACCGUGCUAAGCAUGGAGUGGAGAAGUUCAAAAUGGAACAAUGAAUUUGAGGGUUUUUGCAGUUUCAAAGGAGCCAGAACAAACCAUUAGGGGAAACAGCUCCACAGCCAUAUUUAGGAACACCAAAAAGUUUUAUGAGCCUUUAACCACUUCUUACCUUAGUGGGCACAUUUCAAUUGAAAAAUCUUAAAUUUAGUUGGGUUCAAAGCAAACAAACAAAAAAAAUGAGUGUCUCCUGUUGAAGUCAGGGGAAAAAAGUAUAUCCUGUUAGUCUCAUCAUUUUCAUAGAAUAACUACAGCUUGAAGAGUGAAGAUGCAGUGGUCUACAACAGUAUCUGAUAUGACGUAACAACAAGAAAAGCAGUUUUUCAGUUUGCUUACUUCUUCCAGAAUCACUACAGAUUUGUAUUCUGGCAUUCUAAAAUCAUAUUUUACUUUACGUGGUAUAGCUAAGAGAUUUAUCUAGUUAAUUCUUUUAACAUAAUGUCUACCAAUUUUUUACAAUUAUUUACAAAAACACAUUCUCUUUUUAGGAUGGUGUAGCAAAUAAGUCUGGGAAAACAAAAGCUGUGUUUUAUAGAAAAAAAGUGCUGUAAAUUUGCAAUGGAAAGCCUAAGAAUACAGCAAAGUAUAAAACAGUUAAAGAAGAUUUUUCUUUUUCCCCAGCACAAUUUCCAGGAAUUACUUUGGUUUCUAGCAUGUCUUCAAAAAUGAGUAUUGAUGGUUUUUUAUUGUAUUACUGAAAGGUUACAGUCUAAUCUCCUAUCAGAAUGCAGGGGAAUACGUGAUACUGUUUACCUGAGGUUUUAAGGUUUGCCUUAAUUGUCAUUUGAAAAAAAGACAAGACUAUACCAUGCCUCAGCAGCUCACUUGAAAUUUUGAGCCAAACACAGUGUGAGGUUAGAAAAAGAGUAUACUGACUGUCUGUUGCAAUUUCCUAGUGAGUAAGAAAAAUGAAAAUUCUUACAAUGGUCAGUAUUGAAGCACCUUGUAAACUGUGAUGCAUUUGUAAUUAUAUUUUCUGGAUUUCUGGGUGUUUUUUUAUGUGUUAUUAUUGUGUGUAUAAUUAUGUGUUUCUUCAUUAGAAGAACUGAUUUUUAGAAAAGCUAUGAACUCUUGAAAGUCAGUAAAUUCUUUCCAUGUUUGCCUUAUAAAUCACAGAAGUAUUUUAAAAUGUCAGCCAAUUUCUGUUUGACUGAUGUUUGUGUAUGUGCUUAAACAAAAGCCUUCAAGAUUUUCUUCCACUUCUUUUACUUGGACUAAAUAAGGUACAAAGUACAUACGUUUGAUUGGAGUUCUUCUAUAUAACAUGGAAGUUUUGUUGUUGAGUUUUUUUAUCAUAAAAGUAAAAAUAAAGUAUUUUAUUUGUUUA